AUUGAAUCCAUAAACUUCGAUGCAGUCAAAAAGGCAUUCGACGCAUCCGCCAACGUCUAUACGGCUAGUCCAGACAAUUUGACUCCUGUUCCGGAUAGCCAUCACGUCGUGUUCAAAAAUUUGUCGGAAGAAGAGAGGAAUCAUUAUUGGAAAGAAGGUCUGAGAGCGAUUUCUCGAGGUGAAGUUGCUGCCAUCGUUUUAGCUGGAGGACAGGCAAGUCGUCUCGGUUCAUCAGCUCCUAAAGGCACGAUCCCUCUCGGACUCGGUGUUGCUCCAUGUGAUUCUUUAUUGGGUAUUCAAGCAUGUAAAAUUGCAUUGUUGGAAAAGCUAGCCAAGGAGGAGUUUCCUGAAGCCAAAGAGACAGAGCAAAGAUUCCGUGGCUGGUGUAAUGACGUCGAAACUCUUACCGAAAAGCCACAGCGCAAUCACUUUGGCGGAACUAAUUUGCCAGCACUGCAGGACUAUCUUUUCGAUCAGGUCACCGUAUUCGUUCAAGCCAGAAAUCCCGGCUUUCGACAACGAUGGCAAUCUUCUCCUUUCCAACAAACACACAGUCGUCACUGCUCCAAG